GACCUCCCGACGCAGCCAUAGAGAUGCGCCGAGGGCGGCUAGAAUGUUGAUCGCUGAGCCGACUUCCUCCUCGGUAGUCGCCUCAGCAGUCCUCCUUACCGACAUGGCGCAGUCGAUUAACAUCACGGAGCUGAAUCUGCCACAACUAGAAAUGCUCAAGAACCAGCUGGACCAGGAAGUGGAAUUCUUGUCCACGUCCAUCGCCCAGCUCAAGGUGGUGCAGACCAAGUACGUGGAAGCCAAGGACUGUCUGAACGUGCUGAACAAGAGCAACGAGGGGAAAGAAUUACUCGUCCCACUGACGAGUUCUAUGUAUGUCCCAGGGAAGCUACAUGAUGUGGAACAUGUGCUCAUCGAUGUGGGGACUGGCUACUAUGUGGAGAAGACAGCCGAGGAUGCUAAGGACUUCUUCAAGAGGAAAAUAGACUUCCUCACAAAGCAGAUGGAGAAAAUCCAGCCAGCUCUACAGGAGAAGCACACCAUGAAACAAGCUGUCAUGGAAAUGAUGAGCCAGAAGAUUCAGCAACUCACAGCCCUGGGGGCAGCUCAGGCUACUGCUAAGGCCUGAGAGUAUGUUGUAGAAAUGAAGCAGAGGGUAGCCUACACCUAUAAUCCCAGCACUGGGAAGGCUGAGGCAAGAGGAUCACUACGAGUUCGAGGCCAGUCUGGACUCCACAAUUGAGUUCAAGGCCAGCCUGAACAAUACAGUGAGACCGUUUCCAUAAAAAAAGAAGAAAUGGGGCAGAGGGGCACUUUGCGGGUCUGGAACCUUGUGACUGUGGCCUCCUGGUGUCCUGAAGGAAGCAUCUUGUGUUUAAUGCUAAUAAAGGUGCCUACUGGGCAGAA